UUGUAGAAGCUUGUGUGAAACGGACUGAAGCUCUUGAGGUGAAGAACAAAAUAGCGGAACUGAUGUUGGAGCGUCAAGAAGCUUUUAGUAUUGAGAAUGUGUUGGAGAUAUUGUAUGCUUUGCCUGAAGUGAGAGAGUGGUCUCCACUAUAUGAAGCAGCAAUGGAAAUUCUCAUAGAUAAUGAAGGGAACCGAAGAGCCUUUGUAACAAUGAAGACAGAUGAAGCUAAGAUUAGAUGCUUGAAAGAUGGAUAUUGCAAGAUGAAGAUGGAGAUUAUGAUGAUGAACUUGGUUUGUUUGAUGCGCCUAUUACUGAGAGAUUGAGUCAUAGAACAGAUAGAGGAGCAGGAUGGCGACAUGUUCAACAACUUAUGUAUGAAUCUGAUCAGCAGUGUUAUGACAUUCUUCGCAUGAAUCAAAGGACGUUUGAAGCUUUGUGCAAGAUGCUAGGUGAGCGAUAUGGAUUGAAAGAGACUCACCAUGUCUACCUUGAGGAAUCUGUUGCGAUGUUUCUCGAGACUGUUGGUCAAGAUAAGACGAAGCGGGAUAUUGCUGCAAGGUAUCAAAGAUCAGUGGAUACGGUCCAAAGGAAGCUUGAUGAAGUUUUGAGUGCUCUUCUCAAGUUUGCGGAGGAUACACUAAGACCACAGGAAGGCGAGUUUGGAAGAGUAAGUCCUGUUUUGAGAAAUGAUGAUCGGUAUUGGCCUCAUUUCAGAGAUUGUAUCGGAGCACUUGAUGGAACGCAUGUCCCAGUUCGCCCUCCAAGUCAAAAUGCAGAAGCAUACAGAGGCAGUGAUUGA